AGCGGGCGGCUCCAGCUCCGCUUCUCCCGAGUGACCCCACCCCCGGCCCGGCCGGCUCCGGCCACCUGCGCCCCGCCCCUGCGGCCGCGCCCGAGCCGGGGAACCGCCGAGGCGCGCCUCCGCCUUGGGAAGGGCGAGGUUCCCGUCCCGACGCGCGGAUUUGUCUCCGGGACAGUAAUCCCGCCGUUCCGGGCAUGCGGCUGCGCUGAGAGCCUGCCCGCCCGCGGAUCCGAGGGGCCCCGCGCUCACUCUCUUUCCCGGCUGUGUGAGAAGGUGGCCUUGUAACCGGCAGGAUGACCAACCCUGCGGCCACGCAGAACAAGGAAAUAGAAUGUUUGAGCCCAGAAGCUCAGAAACUGGCGGAGGCCAGGCUGGCGGCGAAGCGCGCGGCGCGAGCGGAGGCCCGGGAGAUCAGGAUGAAGGAGCUGGAGCGGCAGCAGAAGGAGAUCUAUCAGGUUCAAAAGAAAUACUAUGGGCUGGAUUCGAAAUGGGGUGACAUCGAGCAAUGGAUGGAAGACAGUGAGCGCUACUCCCGCAGAUCCAGAAGAAACACAUCGGCUUCGGAUGAAGACGAGCGCAUGUCCGUGGGUAGCCGCGGGAGCCUGAGGUCGCAGCCCGACGUGGAGUUCGGGGGCCCCUACGCCUGGACAAAUGGUUAUGAUGGCGAAUUAUAUGGAUCACAGUCCCUGAGUCGAAGAUCUGGCAGGAAUUCCAGCUACGGCGGUGACGGCAGGUUCUCUACGUUGUCAUCAGCUGCCCGGGACGAGACGUUGCCCUUCUAUCUGUGCAGCGCUGCCCGGCCGGCUGGGAGUUACCGGGCAUCCGUGCUGGGUGAGAGCAGUCUCGCUGGGGCUCGGCGGGGCAGUGCCUGCGGCUCCUACGCUCCCUCGGAGCACAGCGGCCAGCUCAAGUCCAGCUCCCGCGCCUCCUCCAGAGCCAGCUCGGCGCGGGCCAGCCCAGUGGUUGAAGAGAGAUCAGAAAAGGACUUUGAGAAGGGCUCCCGUAGCCUGCCCAGCCUGUCGGCAGCCACCCUGGCCUCCCUCGGGGGCACCUCCUCUCGCAGAGGCAGCGGGGACACCUCCAUCUCCCUUGACACCGAGGCGUCCAUCAGGGAAAUCAAGGAGCUCAAUGAGCUAAAGGACCAGAUUCAGGAUGUAGAAGGCAGAUACAUGCAGGGGUUGAAAGAGAUGAAGGACUCCCUGGCGGAAGCGGAGGAGAAGUACAAGAAGGCCAUGGUCUCCAACGCGCAGCUGGACAACGAGAAGACCAACUUCAUGUACCAGGUGGACACGCUGAAGGACGUGCUGCUGGAGCUGGAGGAGCAGCUGGCCGAGUCCCGGCGGCAGCUCGAGGAGAAGAGCAAGGAGUUUGAAAGGGAGAAGCACGCCCACAGCAUCCUACAGUUUCAGUUUGCUGAAGUCAAAGAGGCCCUGAAGCAAAGGGAAGAGCUGCUUGAGGAAAUCCGACAGCUACAGCAGAAACAGGAGAGUUAUAUCAGGGAGAUUUCUGAUCUUCAGGAAACAAUAGAGUGGAAAGACAAAAAGAUAGGGGCGUUAGAGAGGCAGAAAGAGUUCUUUGAUUCCAUAAGGAGCGAACGAGACGAUCUUAGAGAAGAAGUAGUCGUGCUAAAAGAGGAAUUAAAGAAACACGGGAUAAUACUCAAUUCAGAAACAGCCACCAAUGGCGAGACCUCAGACCCUCUCAGCCGUGUGGAACACCCAGGGUCUACGAAGAUGACGAAGGAGGAGGUCGGCGCUCCCCAGGCCCCCGGGGACGGGACGCUAGGAAGAGCCAGUGAAGUGGAGGUGGCAAAUGAGAUGGUGGAGCGUGUGGGGAAAAGCGAGAUCUUGCCGGAUUCUGAGCAAGAACAGCACAAAGAGGAGCCAGUAAAGGACUGUGCGGACCCAGAGGGGUUACCUCCCGGUGAAACUGCCGAGGCCCCGACCACCUCUGCAGACAGUGGCCUCUCCUCCGGAAUAUUCGUAAAUCCCACGAAUGAGGACCAGGUUCAAAGCCCGAUUCCAGAGCACCCUCCCUGCCUCGAAAACACACAGCAGGUGCAGUCCAGGGAGGCCCUACACACGGCAGGUGAUGGGCCUGAGGCUUCCCCGGGGCCGUCGGAAUGUUCCCGCCAACCAGACGGCGAAAUCCCAGGUCCUGCGCUUGAGCAGGACGGUGGUAACGCCGUGGAGAGCAAACCCCAAAGAAAAGAGUCUGCAGAGAAGCAGGAAGGUCUUCAAACCACCGUGGAAGAGAGGAGCCCAGAACCGCCUCAGGAAUCUGCUCCUGUGCAAAUAGCUGACGUGGAAGUCGAAAGGCAGAGCGGUGCAGACGCAGGGGUACAAAGUCAGAGACCCGCCGAGGCGGUGCCAGAGGCAGAGCUCCCUGGGGCCGGGGAGCAGGUGGGCUCGGGAGCCUCGAGUCCUCCCAGGUGCAGCGAUGACCCCGUGAGCCACCAGGAAACGGGGGUGGCGGAUGCUCCAGGAGGCUCGGACCCAGGCACAGGGUGUGAUUUAGAGAAAGAGCCUGCCCCCCACGAGGUGGCUGAGCCUGCCGAGGGCCCGGUUCAGAGCCCAGAGGCGGGCGGGGGGAACAGCGAAGAGGAGGGGGGAGGAAGGGAGUUUCGGGGUGAGAACCCAGCGGGGACAGAGGCCCCCACCGUUCCCUGUUCCCCAGCAGCCAAACACAGUCCCCAAGAGGCCGUAGGUCCGAGUACCCCAGACUCGGAGAGCGAACCCCUAGACGUGAAAGAGCCUGACGAAGAAAAGGGUGCCUGCCAGGGAGAGAGGCCAGACGCGUCCCAGAAGAAGACCAAGAACAAGAAAAAGAAAAACAAGAAGAAAAAGUCACCAGCGCCCGUGGAAGCCAAAGACGUCCAGGAAGAGUUAACACUCCAGAGCCCAGAUUUAAGUGACGGGAGGGAAGACGAGCAGGUCAAAUGCGCCGACGAAAAGCCAGGUGCAGAGGCACAGAAUGGGGUCCCUGAAAACCCACAGCAGAACGAGGUGGCCGGAAGCAGGGCAGACGGCCGCUCGCCCGAGGAUCCCCACGCGGAGCCGGAGAGAAACCCCCCCUGCGCUGAUGCGGAUGCGGACACGGAGGCAGAGGAGCCUGGCGCCGCGGGGGACCCGGGGAACCGUGAAGCUGAUGCAGUUCCGUCAUCGGGCACCAGCGCCCGUCGUAAAGGCUCGGACCAAGGGGUCCCCGAAGAGGCGGCUGCUGAGCAAGACGCCGCCGCUCCUGGCCGCCUCCCGGGUUCAGAGAAGGACGACGUGGCGGGCCGCGCUCCGCUCCAAGACCAGAGCCCCUCGGGGGACGGGAAGGACGCCUCUCAAAUGGAAGACGCAGAAGAUUCAAGUCCGCCGGUCCGGGGGGGUUCAGAGAGCCUUAGUCUCGAAGGCGAGGGCCUGGCACCAGCCGGGGAGCUGGAGGGCUUGGAUGCCGAAUGCAAGGACGAGAGGAGAGGCGGGAACGGAAAGGGUAGAAGCAAGGACGAAUGCGCCCUGUCCUAGGGCGGGGGCUCUGAGUGAGGCCGGCAGCGGGCGUGAGGCUCAGAGAGUGUUCCAGGUUGGCACAGACGCACCGCGUGACCAUUAGCCACCAAGUCACCCCCCGCUCUAAGUUAUAACUGUUCCCGCUAGUUCUCUAGUUCCUAUUAAGGGCACCCCCCGGAUGAGAAGGACGUUUCUGUUACCAGUGUAAGUCCCCCCGGGGAGCAUUCCAGGAGCGUCGGACAAGGCAGUGUCCUGUUUAUAUUUCUGCUUCAAACCAAAAAUCAAACUAUUUAGCAUUUGCCUUAAGCUGAUACGCCUAGUGCCCACUCCUGACCAAAUGUAUCAGCGUCUAGUUGAAAUGACCAAAUAGUCUCCUGAGAUGUCCACACGAUGAGUGUCGUUUUUAAUUAGUCUCAUCUAAAUAUUCGUGCUUUCCUAGUUGAUUGUGAUAUGUAUAAUAUAACCUGUAUGGUAUUCUUAUUUAAAAAGGACAUAAAUGGCCAAGCAGCACAUAGGUCACUGAGCGGUGAGAUUUGCACCUUAGGACAGUAAUUCGUCAUGUUAAGAGCUGCAGAGAAACACCACACAGCACUAGGAAUAGCUUGUCUUUACCUCACAGAAGUAUUUUCUCUCAAACCGAUACUUUCGGCUCGUAUUGUUGGGUACACCUGAAUUUACUUGGUAGGAGAUUUCGACUUCACGCUGAUCACGUACCAAAGGCAUUUCGUACAAAGACUUUUUACAGAUUUUUUUUUCUGGAAGAGAUAUAUGUUGAAAUUGCAUUGCCUUCUGCAGUGUUUGGGCAGAGAGAAUCACUUCUAAGAGUUAUUUUUUAACCUGCAAAUUACUCCUCUUUCUGUUGUCUAAUCAUUGCUCAGUCGAGCAGGACGAAAGGCUACUCUUCUUGUGCAAGCGUUGAUUAGACUGUAACGGGAUAUUGGAAAUAUUGAAUUACCUUUGGUCUUUUGGUAUAAAUAUUUUCAUUGGUUGUUUUACAGUAUAUUCGUAUUGGAAAUUUCUUGUUUUGCCCUUCCUGAACAAAAUAUAUUUUUCUAUAUAAAGAAACGUUUAAAAAAUAAUUGUGAGCUUAAAUUAGAAGUCAUUGUCACAUAUUGGAAUUACAAGGGAAUGUGGAGGGCGAAUGCUAUUGACACUUUAAGAGAUCAUGUGAAUUCAUGUUAUUGUUACAAGACAUGAUUGAGUGCAAAAAAAAGACCAAAACCUCAACAAAACUUGAGACAAACUGUUAUUGUGUAAUUGAAAUAAAGACAUUUUAUUAUUUUACAA